AUGGAUAAGGAAUCUCUCCUCAAGUCGCUCGCGGGCACUUUAGAUGCUAAUUAUCAAAUUAGAAAGCAAAGCGAGGAGCAGUUGAGGUAUUUCGAGGAAAUGCCGGGAUUCACGGCGUAUCUUCUUAGCCUCAUCACUGACACCAGCAUCAACUUAGGAGUCCAAACCUCGGCGGCUAUUUUUUUCAAAAACAGAAUCAACAAUUAUUGGAUUGUACCGGAGCUCAAAACUGCCACGUCAAGACACAUUCAGGAUGCCGAAAAGGCAACGAUUAAGGCCGAAUUGAUCGAGGUAUUGAGUCAGACUUACAAAAAUACGCAGUUGAGAGUACAAUUGUCUACCGCAAUCAGCCACAUUUUGAAUGCCGAGAAAUGGGAUGAACUUGUGUCAGUUACAAGCAGGUUGUUGAACAAUACCACCAACAUCGACCAUGUCUUUACUGGCUUGAUCUGCUUAUUCGAGUACACCAAGAACUAUCGCUACGCGGGAUUAGACUCACCAAACUUCAGAAACAUAAUUUUGGAUGAGGUGACUGAAACCAUGUUCCCCACCUUGGAAACUUUAACCUGUUCAUUAUUGAACGAGGACUCCGUGACUGCAGACGAGAUGUUGUAUUUGAUCAUGAAGAUAUUCAAGUUUGCUACAUACUCAAACUUCCCUCCCUACUUAGAAGAACAAUCAAAUUUGGGCAAAUGGUGUCAAUACCACCUCAUGCUCAUCACGAAACCUUUACCUGCCACUGUUGUUCGGGCCGAUGCUGAAUCCAGGGUAUCAUGCCCUCGAGUUAAAGCCGUAAAGUGGUGUUUUGGUAAUAUGCAUAGACUUAUAUCACGCCACGGCGGAGGUAUCAACACAAAGGACAAAAAGACAGCUUUUGUUAGUUACUUCUUGUCACACUUUGUACCAGAAAUUUUGAACGCUUAUUGGGCUAUAAUUGAGAAAUGGACCACAAAAGAAUUGUGGUUAUCUGAAGCCUCUUUAUACCAUUUAAUUGCGUUCUUGGAACAGGUCAUAGAGACUCCUGCUUACGGCUUGUUGGAAGACAAACUAGAGGCAGUAGUGGCCCAUGUUCUCAUGCCCAUGUUGAACGCUUCACAAGAAACAAUUCAGUUGUAUGAGGAUGAACCAGAGGAGUACAUCAGAAGGUUUUACGACGUGAGCCGGGAAAACACUACGGCCGAUACUGCUGCGGUAAACUUCUUGUUCAGAUUGUCUUCGACAAAGUUUUCGUCUUGCGGUACCUUGUUGCUCACGUUGAUCAACAAUAUUUUCCAAAAAAGAGCAUCUGAACGCGAAAAUCUAGAAAUUGCCAUGCAGACUGAGGGUGCACUUCGUGUAUUGGCCACGAUCUCAUACAGAUUGGACAAGAAAAGUAGCCCCGUUCAAGGCCAACUUGAUCAGCUCAUCCACUCGGUGAUAUAUCCAGAGCUUUCACAAGAGACUAUCGAUAAGAUGCCAUGGCUCACAGCUAGAGCGUGUGACACAAUAGCCAUAUUCGUUCAUAAAUUCAGCGAUCAAGCUGUGUUGCAAGACAUUUUCCACGGUGUUGUCGCAUGCUUUCAACACCAAGAACAGUUUCCAAUCCAAUUGACUGCGAUUGAUGCUUUAAGAACUCUAGUCGAAGAAGAAUAUGUGGCUGAAAGAAUCGCACAACAAGCCCCUCAAUUGAUGGGAACGUUGCUCGAUUUAUCUAAGAACUUUGAAAGCGAUACAUUAACUUCGGUAAUGGACGUUUUUGUUUCAAAGUUUGCAGCAAAUUUGGAACCUUAUGCCAAUGAGUUGUCAUACCGAUUAGUUGAACAAUUCCUCAAAUUAGCGCAGGAAAUUUUGGAGCAAAUGUCGAAUGCGCAGGAAAUUUUGGAGCAAAUGUCGAAUGGUGGGAAUUCAGAUAUCGACAAAGAGUAUCAAGCCGCCGGUAUUUUGAACACUUUAACUUCAUUGGUUGUUUCCAUGAGCUCUUCCCCCGAAGUCUCUGCGAAUUUGGAGUUGGUCAUCAAAGAUGUGGUGAAGCUUAUUUUGGAGAAUUCCAUGCUCAUGUUUUUGACUGAAGGAUUGGAAAUGGCCGAAUCCAUCUUGUACAGCACUAACACAAUGAGCCCUUCAAUGUGGGAAAUUUAUCAAGAUUGCAUCGAUGCUUUCGACACAUAUGCAUUUGAAUACUUUGAUACUUUCCAACCAUUCUUUGAGUCUGUGGUGAGGUCGUCUUUUGUUAGCGAGGAAGUCACAAUCGAAAAUCCACAUGUACAGAGCUUGUUCAAAGUUUGUUUUCAAGUAUUGCAAGGGGACGUUGAUCCUGUAUUCGCUCACUAUGCGUUCGAGUUGAUGGAAUUUACCGAAGUCUUCACCGUAUUCACAACUUUAGAAUCAGAAGAUGCAUUUGAUGGUCACAUGUUACACCAUUUGUCCAUUCUCAAAAUCUUUUUCGCAUGCUUAUUUGUCGAACCAGCUUACACGUUACAAUUCUUGAAUGAGAAGCAAUUCACGAGCACGUUUUUCAAAUUGUGGAUCAAGUAUGGUGACGAGUUUCAGAGUGUUUAUGGUUGCAAGCUUCAAAUUUUGGCAGCAUUGUCCAUCGUCAUUGAUGCUCCUAUGAAUGUUCUCCCGGGUGAGGAUCUAGUAGGGGAGACUGCUGACUUGGUCAUUUCUAAUUUAGAACACUUGCCUCAUGCAAUCCGGGCCAAACAAGAACUCAUUGACAGAGAGAGCGGCGUUAAGGUUAGUGCGAAGGACUACCAAAAUGAAGAGGAUGGAGACGAUGACGACUUCUACGAGGAUGACUUGGAAGCGGAUGAGGCCGAGUUGGAGGCUUUAAAGGCAACACCAAUUGAUCUGAUCAACGUAUACCAAGUUUUUGCUGAAAAGGCAACUGCUGUGCAGCAAGCCGAUCCAUCUCGCCACCAAUUGAUAUUCGGGAACUUAGACGACUCACAGAAGGAAGUCGCGCUCAGGAUCAUUCAGAUAAACCAACAACAGAAGAAUGCAGCAGGUCAAGGCAUUUGA